GAGGUUGGGGAACUGAGUGGAGUGCAGGGGGGCGGGGGGGAACUGCAGUUGGAAUGUAUGGUAUGAGAGAAAAAUUAAAAAAAAAAAAAAAACAGAAACCCAGUAGUUUACCACAUUACUGACUCCUUACUGGAAGCUAGUUUGUGAUCAAGCUGAGAUCAGCAUGAAAUGAAAAACAAAACAAAAAAGGACUGGGGAUGUAGCUAUAGAGUGCUUGUCUAAUAUGCAUGAGUGGGUUUCGUCCCCGCACCUCAUAAGCCGGGUAUGAUGGUACGAGACUAAUUUCAGCAUUUGGAAGCUCAAGGCAGAAGGAUAAAAUCAAGGUCAUUCUCAAAUUCAGUUCAGAGCCAACUUACAUUAUAGGACCCGAUCUCAAAAACAGACAACCACAAAAACCAAACCAAACAAACAAACAAACAAAAGAAACAAAUAGUAACUUAAAAUUUGCGCACUUCUGUCCAGAUCCCAAGGUUCCUAAUUAGUGAAAGCACGGGGAAUGACUGGCCAACCGCUUCCCUGUCCGGCAUGGAAUCAGGACGUGGUGUGUGCCGUACUUAUCCCCACAUUCCCAACUCUGCAGUUGGUCACUGAGGCCCUGUCAACGUCUGCAUUUUGGAGUCGCUUGUCUCCGUGUUCCGACUGCUGUGCCACCUUCGCGCCUGGUGCACAGCGGCCACACCAGGCAUUCCGACCUCUCAGCGCUCCGACAGCGCCGCCCUGGCGGGUGGGGCGGACGCCAGCGGAGGGGACCCGCCGGGCGAGCCGCUGCCCGCGCAUGCUCUCUGCUGAGCGCUCCGCUCCGGGGCCACACCCCCGCGGCCCCGCCCCCCGGGCGGUUGGGAUUUGAAUCUGCGGCGCGACGCUGCGGGAAGCCGGGAACCCUGGGUCGGCCAUGGAGAGCCCGGGCGCCGCCGCGCGCUGUCCGCUGCAGGAGCAGCGUGCUCGAUGGGAACGGAAACGUGUCUGCACCGCUCGGGAGCUGCUGGAGACCGAGCGGCGCUACCAGGAACAACUGGGGCUGGUGGCCACGUACUUCCUGGGGAUCCUGAAAGCCAAGGGAACACUAGGACCACCAGAGCGCCAGACCCUGUUUGGGCCCUGGGAGCGCAUCUAUGCCGCUAGCCUAGAGCUGCUUCCCUACUUGGAAGAAGGACACUGGGGGCCGGGGCUGGAGGGCUUCUGCUCCCACCUGGAGCUCUACACUCAAUUUGCUGCCAAUGCCGAGAGUUCUCAGACUACCCUUCAGGCGCAGCUGAAGAAGAACAAACGUUUUCGGAGGUUUGUGCGGCUUCAGGAAGGCCGCCCUGAAUUUGGGGGUCUUCAGCUCCAGGACCUGCUCCCUUUGCCUCUGCAGCGGCUCCGGCAGUAUGAGAAUCUCGUCGUGGCUUUGGCUGAAAACACAGUUCCCAACAGCCCUGACUACCAACAGCUCACACGGGCUGCCCGCCUGGUGAGUGAGACGGCCCAGGGAGUCCACGCCAUUGGCCAGAGCCAGAAGAACGCCCAGCACCUCCUGCGUGUCCAGGCUCUGCUCAGCGGACGCAAAGCCAAAGGGCUUACUUCAGGGCGAUGGUUCCUACGCCAGGGCUGGCUUUUAGUGGUGCCUCCCACCGGGGAGCCUCGGCCCCGCAUGUUCUUCCUCUUCUCUGAUGCGCUCCUCAUGGCCAAGCCUCGCCCCCCGCUGCACCUGCUGAAGAGUGGCACCUUUGUCUGCAGGGCCCUGUACCCCAUGUCCCAGUGCCAACUGAACAGGGUCUUCGGCCACUCAGGAGGAGCGUGUGGUGGUUUGCUCAGUCUGUCCUUCCCCAACGAGAAGCUACUGCUUAUGUCCACUGACCACGAGGAGCUGUCACGGUGGUACCACAGCCUGACUGUGGCUAUCAGAAGCCAGAAGAGGCAGACUCACGGACACGUCCAACCUUUUGACACUGCGACAUGACACUGUCAUCUACAGAUGUGCUGGGCCACAUUCAUAGCUACCCUGGGAUAUAUGUGGCAGUUGGGCAUGCCUAAGAAGAAUCUUAAAAUUCCCGAACUCUGGAUACUCAGGGAAGGGCAGAGCCAAGAACAAAAGGGACUCAAACUUCAGCUCUGGAACCACAGAGCCCUCCACAGGUUGACACGAGGCAUUUAACCAGCUUAUCAGAAAGCAGGCUGGUGGUGGUGAUGGUGGUGGUGAACGCCUUUAAUCCUAGUGCUUGGGAGGCAGAGGCAGGCGAAUCUCUGAAUUCUAGGACAGCCAGGGCUCCACAGAGAAACCCUGUCUCAUUUUAAAAAACAAAACAAGAAGCAGAAAGCAGGCCAAGCCAGCUGAGCCCCAGGUGAUCCGGCUCCUUUAAUACCAUGCCAUUGGGGGCUCAACGCUGACUCAGUUUGCAGCUUUGCAAAGAGGCCACUUUUUGUUACCCGUGGUUUCUUUUAUUUUUUGAGACAGGGUCUUACUAUGUGAUCCAGGCUGACUGUGAACUUGAAAUCCUCCUGCCUCAGCCUUUCAAGUGGUGGGUUUACAGGUGUAUGCUGCCACACCUGGCUACUGUAUACAGUUCCUUUCUUUUCUUAAGACAAGGUUUUAUACAGCCCAGGCUGUCCUUGAACUCCAGAUCUUCCUGAACUACCUCCUAUUUUGUACAAGUUCUAUAAUUUAUUUUCCUACUGGAUUUUAAUAAAGUGCGUUUUAUUGUG